UGAUGAGUCCCGAAAGAAGUGACCGUUUUCUGUCAGCACGGAGACAUUAAAGUCUCAAAUUGAGUAUUUAUUUUGUAACUUGCCGCAUUUGGCUUCUUUCUCUCUCUGGUUUCGUCGCUAACGGGCUGCUGCUGCUCUGAGCUAACGCAAAGAUGGCGGAAGACGAGAAGAGUGGUGAACCUGUGAAAGAAAAGAACGAACUGCAAAUUAUGAAGGACCUGGUGGAUGAAGUGUAUAAUUUCAGAGACCAUUAUUUUGAGACUCACAGCGUGGAGGAAGCUGGAAAGAAACAAAGUGAUGUAGCACAGGAGGUAGAAUGGACACUGAAGAAGCUGGAAGAGAAAGAAGAGUCCUUUAAACACAAAGCAGAGUUUUUGCUGCAGAAGGGCAGGUGUCUGAAUGCAGCUCCAGACUUCAGUGCUGUAGCAGAGGAGUGCCUUUCCCGUGCUGUGAAGCUGGAGCCUGGCCUGGUCGAGGGCUGGAACACAUUGGGCGAGCAGUACUGGAAAAAAGGAGAUCUGAUUGGUGCCAAGAACUGCUUUACUGGUGCCUUGCAGCAGAACAAGAACAAAGUGUCUCUGCGCAACCUAUCUAUGGUGCUGCGGCAGCUACCAGUCGCUGACAGAGAUGCACACGGCAAGCAGGUGUUGGAGAGUGUGGACAUGGCCCGACAAGCUGUCCAGUUGGACGUCACAGAUGGGACGUCCUGGUAUAUCCUGGGAAAUGCCUACGUAUCUCUGUUUUUCUCCUGUGGACAGAAUCCACAGUUGUCUCAACAAGCUCUAAGUGCCUAUGCACAAUCUGAGAAUGUGGACAGAGCUGCCUCUUGUUACCCAGAGCUGCAUUUCAACAGAGCCACCCUGUUCCAGUAUGAGGAGAUGUUCGGCUCUGCGCUCGGCGGUUACAGUCGAGCAGCGGCGCUCGACCCAGGCUGGGAUGAGCCGCCAGAGCGAGAGAAGCAGCUGCUGGAAUAUCUGGAGAAAGUGACAGAACUGAUACAGAACAAGGGGAAGGUGAAAGCCCGCCGACUACGGACAAUGCUGUCAAACCUCAACACAUCAGCUUUAGGUCCCUGCUCUUCUCCUCAGUUUCGCUCACCGUCUGGUCGUAUUGGCAGCCUGGAGCCUCGAACUCUUAACUCCCUCACACACGGCCAUAAUGCUGGGGUGGCUGCCCUGGGGAAGGUGGUGUUCAGCCUGGCCUCUGAGGGUCGUAUGGCCUUUACGUUUGGCAUGGUUGACAGUGAGGAGACCUGUAUAGUAGUGAUGGUAUAUAACACAGCGGACAGCUGGGGCGUCCUGAUUGGUGAUUCCGUAGUCAUUCCUGAACCUCAAGUCAAACGUCACAGUAUAACACAUAAAGAUAAGUCGCUUGAUUUCAGAAGUAUACGAGUGGACUCUCCUCUGCUCCUCAUCGUCAAUGGCAAGAAACAAAACAUCCAAAGUCAGAUUGCUGUCUCUGUGAGCUACAAACCCCAGAGAGAAUGAACUGAGCCAGAAGCACACAGACCAAGUUUUUUUGCUGGAUUUAGAAGAAGAUUUUGCAUAAAUUUUCCAAGUGUCCAAAGUUUGUGCCUCUUUUAUGUGUUCUUUUGUAUAUAGAGGUCACCAUGUUAUGUUUGUUGAUAUUUAUAUUUUUUGUAUUCUGUUGUUAUGGGGUUGGACAUGGGGUUAUUGUGUAAAUGAAUGAACCUGUGAUAACAAUGUGAUGUCAGCAUUAUGACUUUAGUUUACCUUGAAGGAAAUGUUCUUUUUCCGUACACACACUGUUUGUGUGGUGUCCUAAAAUGGUAAUGCUCAAAGUGGGAUCAUGCAGUGGACCAAACUGGGCUCCUUAAAAACAUAUUUUGACUGUGACAGGUUUUACUGAUGCUGUUAACAAUGGCGGUGUUCUAAUGGAGUAUCCCAGUAGGCCACGACAGUAUGGCCAUGACUCGAUAUAAAACAAUACCAGGACUCAGAAACUGAUGCAGCUACGUGGAAAUCAGCAAACAGUAAUUUUACAAUUUAGACUUUUUCUAUUAUGACAUGCAAAAUAUCUUUCAUGAAACAACCUGUUGAUCUUCACCACAUUGUCUAUCAUGAGAAAUGCACUCAGUCUGGGUAGUGCAGUCAAACAACUGCUUUGGUUUGAUUACUAUGCAGUGACAAACUCAUUGACGUCACAACUUAAACACUUCCCAAAAAAAAAAACAAUCAAUAGCUCGGUUUAAUCCAGAUUACUUCAGUGUAACAAAUCGACAGUUUACUCUUUUGAGCAACACCACAAAUCAAAUUUCUAAAACUGUGUGCAUGACACAUCACCUCACUGUAGUGGUUCAGUAGCAUAUAUGGAUUACCCCGACAAAGGAAAUGUUUGUUUUCUUAUGCAAAAUCUAACAUGGCAAUAAACACCAACAUGUUUCAGUGC